GAAGCUCUGUAUUCGAUUUCCAUAAGGUGAUACCUUUGCAAUUUCAUCUGCAAUUGAUGCUUGAAAAUAGUGGAAUACAAAUUUAUAGCACAUUCAUUAGCUAUAAUACCUUGAUGCACAAUUGGCACACUAGUUUUUUGAGAGUGCCGCUUCUGUUAAUACGCGAUCUCUGUGAAGACGGUUGAAAUACCAUUCGGUUAUAGAUAUAGUUGGUUAUAUACUUAUAGUGUCAUACAUAUACUCUAGAAUUGUAAAUGAUAUAGAAUUUAGGUGGCUUUUAGGGAAUUAGGAUAGAAAUUUGUUUUGUUUUUGGGAGUUUCGUAUGGAGAGUAAAUCAAUUGUUCUGUUGGAAAGAUAUGAGUUAGGAAGAUUACUAGGGCAGGGUACCUUUGGGAAGGUUUACUAUGCACGGAGUGCGAUAACUAACCAGAGUGUGGCUAUUAAGAUGAUUGACAAAGAUAAGGUUAUGAAAACUGGGCGUGCCGAACAAAUCACGCGCGAGAUAUCUGUUAUGAGAAGGGCUAGGCAUCCCAAUAUUAUACAGCUUUUCGAGGUUAUGGCCACCAAGACUAAGAUUUACUUUGUUAUUGAAAUUGCUAAAGGUGGUGAACUCUUCGACAAGGUGUCCAAGGGAAAACUCAAGGAAGAUGUUGCUCACAAGUAUUUUAGGCAGCUAAUCAAUGCAGUAGAUUAUUGUCACAGUAGAGGCGUAUACCACAGAGAUAUAAAGCCGGAGAACAUUCUGUUGGAUGAAAAUGGGGACCUAAAGAUAUCUGAUUUUGGGUUAAGUGCGCUCGCGGAGUCCAAGCGGCAGGAUGGCCUACUCCAUACACCUUGUGGCACCCCUGCCUAUGUUGCUCCUGAAGUCAUCAAAAGGAAGGGAUAUGAUGGUGCAAAAGCUGAUAUUUGGUCUUGUGGAAUUGUUCUAUUUGUCUUAUUGGCAGAAGUAUGCAGGUUGUUGAGAAAGAUGCUGGAUCCAAAUCCUGAAACCAGGAUUACUAUUGCCAAGAUUACAGAAAAUUCUUGGUUUAAGAGAGGACCUAAAGCUAAGCACAAAAAACAUGACGCAGAAACCACUAGCGUCUCUUCAGGUACAGUUUCUGAUCUAAGUGAUGAAGGUGAAGGUCUAGCAGCAGAAGCAAAGGAAGAACCAGUUGUGGCAACAAGUAUAAAUGCAUUUGAUAUCAUCUCCCUUUCUGCUGGUUUCGAUCUUUCUUCAUUUUUCGAAGACAGUUUUCAGAAAAGAGAAGCAAGGUUUAGUUCAAGACAACCUGCAUCGGUCAUCUUUUCCAAGCUGGAAGAUGCUGCCAAGCGACUAAAGCUGAAGAUAAAGAAAACAGCAGCUGGCUUGGUGAAAUUGGAUGGUUUAACCGAAGGUAGGAAGGGGGUUUUAUCAAUUGAUGCCGAGAUUUUCGAGGUUACUCCUAUGUUCCAUCUGGUGGAGGUGAAGAAAUCCAAUGGAGAUACAUUGGAAUACCAGAAAAUACUGCAAGAGGGUAUAAGACCUGCACUUAAGGAUAUUAUUUGGGUCUGGCAAAAUGACCAACAGCAGCAACCACAAGAGCCAGAAGAACAGCCGCAGAUAGAUGACCAGCCGCCACAACCACCCGAGUCAUAACAGAUUCCAGAUUUUGAAGGUCUUGUUAUUCUUGUACUUUUUACUCUGUCUGUUCAUCUCAUGGGAACACCAUCUUGAUUUUCAUGAUGCAAUGACCAAAUUGUAACUUGAAUUUUCCAAUUUUUUGGCAUUUACCGGUCUUGCAUUUUCAUAAUGCAGUGACCUUAUUGUAGCAUAUGUUGUGUCUCAAUAUCAAAGUUUUAGUACAUUUCUCAGUUUUGCUCUGAAUCAGUCUCUUACUGAACUUUCCAGUUUUGAUCGGAUGAUAAUAGAACCAAAAUGUUAUAUGUCAACUUCAUUUGAGUUAA